CUGCAGCGGAGCCGAGCUGAGCCCGAGCCCGAGCCAAGCCCUGACACUGUCCGUCCGCCUUCUGGCUCCCCGGGAGCCCGGACUGGCCGGAGCCCGAGAGGUGGCAGCGCGGGGAGCCCCACGCGCCGAAGGGAGCGGACCGGACGGGACGGGACUAGAGGAGGCGCUGCCGCCACAGUAGCCAGUGACGGGCGUCGGGAACCGCGGCCUCCCGGACCCUUCUGCCCAGGCCAGCUGACGGAGAGCGGGGAGUACGAAAACCCCACCCUCUGGGGCACCCCGGGAGCGGAGGCGGGAGCGGGGACGGGAGCAGCCUCUCCCUGUUGGAGAGAAGACCCUUACCACCCGGGGGAGGGAAAGAAGAGACCCCUAUAGGGGACGAGUCUCUCCUUCCUAGAGGCGAGGAAAAUCCCCAUCCUGGCCCGGGAAUAGACCUCCAGAAGUAGAGGGGUGAUCCUUACGAAAGGAAGCAGACAGACUGAGACCGCCCAGCGUGCCUCCACCCUCCAGACACACACUCUCAGCACUUCAGGACUUUUGAGGCAGAGAGGAGGAGGGAUAUGCCUAUGGAGUAGGCACCCUGCAUCCUAUCCAGUACUCACAGGGGAGAGGAAUCCUCACGUUCCGAAGGGAGGACACUCCAGAGCAAGAAGAGGAAUCGGCUUUCAGCCUCUCAGGAGAGGGGAGGAACUUCCCCCUCAACUUCCUUGUAUCUAGACAGUGGAACAGGGCAGAGCCCCUCCGCUCGAAUCUUCGGCACACAGCAAGAGCCCUCCACUCUCGAAAGAUCCAGUUGAGGGGGGAGGGGGACUCCCCCAAGGGGGAGGAGACAACUCCUGGUUGGGAGAGGCUCCUCCCCUCUUCCCCAGAGUAACAGGCAGGGUGUGGGGGGUGUGCCACCUUCCCCAGGUAGGGCCUCCUUCUCCUCCCCCUCCUCCUUCCGCUCCUCAUUCUCAGGGGACCCAGUUCCCCUCCCCAGCUUGGGAUGCUCAGCCAAAUAUAGGAAGAGCCACUGAGGAUGAGACUGUUCAUCUACCUUUGAAGAGGGGAGUCCCUCCAACCCCAAACUCCAGUACCAGGUGGUUCCCUCCCUUUGCUGGGGGAACCUUGGAGACAGAACCCAGAAAUAACAUGGCUUCUGACCUAGAGAGUAGCCUCACUUCCAUAGACUGGCUCCCCCAACUGACCCUCCGAGCUACCAUUGAGAAGCUUGGGAGUGCCUCCCAGACUGGGCCUCCAGGGGGCAGCCGCAAGUGUCCACCAGGCUCACCCACCGAUCCUAAUGCCACCCUGAGCAAAGAUGAGGCAGCAGUCCACCAGGAUGGCAAACCGCGAUACAGCUAUGCCACCCUCAUCACCUAUGCCAUCAACUCCUCUCCAGCCAAGAAGAUGACCCUCAGUGAGAUUUACCGCUGGAUUUGUGAUAACUUCCCCUAUUACAAGAAUGCUGGCAUUGGUUGGAAGAAUUCAAUUCGGCACAACCUUUCUCUCAACAAGUGUUUCCGGAAGGUGCCCAGACCUCGGGAUGACCCUGGGAAGGGCUCUUAUUGGACAAUCGACACCUGCCCUGACAUCUCCCGAAAGAGAAGACACCCUCCAGAUGAUGAUCUAUCCCAAGACUCACCAGAACAGGAAGCAAGCAAGAGCCCACGGGGAGGCGUUCCAGGGAGUGGAGAAGCCUCACUGCCUCCAGAGGGGAAUCCUCAGAUGUCACUUCAGAGCCCCACAACCCUCACCAGCUACAGCCAGGGCACAGGAUCUGUGGAUGGCGGAGCAGUGGCACCAGGGGCUCCAGGCCGAGAAAGUGCUGAGGGUCCCCCUCCCCUGUAUAACACCAACCAUGACUUCAAAUUCUCCUACUCAGAGAUCAAUUUUCAGGAUCUAAGUUGGUCCUUCCGCAACCUCUACAAAUCCAUGCUGGAGAAAUCCUCUUCCUCCUCUCAGCAUGGCUUUUCGUCUCUCCUGGGGGACAUGCCUCCCUCUAACAACUACUACAUGUACCAGCAGCAGCAGCCGCCGCCUCAACAGCAGCAGCAGCAGCCACCACCACAGCCACCGCCCCAACAAUCACAGCCACAGCAGCAGCAGGCAUCAGCCCAGGGCCCCUCAACUGUAGGGGGUGCUCCUCCACUGCACACCCCAAGCCCAGAUGGUUGUACCCCACCAGGGGGGAAGCAAGCUGGGGCUGAAGGCUAUGGGCCUCCCGCUGUGAUGGCUAUGCAUCCACCCCCACUGCAGCAUGGAGGCUACCACCCACAUCAGCACCAUCCCCACUCCCACCCUGCCCAGCAGCCGCCACCACCACAGCAACAGGCACAAGGCCAGGCUCCUAUCAACAGCACUGGCUUUGCCUUUUCUCCUGACUGGUGCUCCAGUAUUGACUCCUUAAAGGAAAGCUUCAAGAUGGUGAAUCGGCUCAACUGGGCCAGCAUUGAGCAGUCACAGUUGUCAGAACUGAUGGAGAGUCUGCGACAGGCAGAGCAAAAGAACUGGAGCCUUGACCAGCACCACAUUGCCAAUCUGUGUGACUCCCUCAACCACUUCCUUACUCAGACUGGUCACGUGCCCCCCCAGGGGGGCUCCCACCGACCACCAGCCCCUGCCCGCAUUGCUGACUCCUGCGCCCUCACCAGUGGCAAACAAGAGCCAGCCAUGAACCAAGUGAACUCUUAUGGGCACCCACAAGCCCCUCACCUCUAUCCUGGCCCAUCACCGAUGUACCCAAUCCCCACCCAGGACUCAGCAGGAUACAAUCGCCCAGCACACCAUAUGGUCCCUCGGCCGCCGGUUCCACCUCCUGGUGCCAGUGAGGAGAUCCCUGACGACUUCGACUGGGAUUUGAUCACUUAGUGCCUCACAGAGUGUGGCCAUCAGCCCAGGGCUGAGUGGUGAAGUCUGGCAGUGGGGAGAGAGCAGCCCCAGCCCGUCCCUUCUCCACUUGCCUGUAUAUAGAUAUAUAUCCUCUUUGUUCUUUCUCUGUCAGAGAAGCCACCGCAAGAUGCUGCCGAAGAUAACCCCCUCUUUCCUGCCUCAUUCUUCCUCUUUCUUCUUGUUUUUUCCUAAUUCUUUUAUUAUUAUUCUUAUUAUAUUAUUAUUAUUAUUAUUGUUGGUUAUAUGCUGUCCCCAGUCUCCUGUCCCUACAUCAUGGACCAUGUCCAUUCUUUGCUAAUUUAAAAUCAUCUGCCUGGAAGGUGAGGCCAUGAUAGCUACAGAGAAAGGUUUCAAACUUGGAUUUACUUUUCUCUUUGAGAAAUUCAAUGCUAAUCCCACCUUUCGGCCCUGAAUUUUUUUCUAUUCCUGUCAGUUCAGUCAAGGAAUGGAGAGGCCACGUUAUCAAGUAGAAGGGAUCUAAAACACUGCUUGGCAGCCGUGAAUUUGCAGGUUUUACUCAAUGGUGCUAAUUUUGUCCUCGGAGCUCUUCCUUGUCCUUUUAUAUCUUCAGUCCUUACUUCUGCCAAUCCUCAUUCCCCAUCAAGGGUAAGAGUGAUGGUGGUGGUGCAGGAGGUGACAAUAAAAUCCUAGGCCUGGGUUGGGUUGAGUAGAAUACUAUAGAGGGGCGAUGGAAUAUAAAAGAGUCAGAAAUUGGGUAUAUACUGGUAUGUCAAAUAAACUUUCUUUGGCUUAUCUAGCCCAUUCUCUAUAGGAGACAGUUUUGGUCUUAGUCAGAACUCUGCUUCAGUGGUAGGGAUGAGGACAACUAUUCAGCAUAGGGUCAGCUUUUUGGAGAUGGUACCGAUUUAACCAUUGGCUUUUUAAACAUAAUUUUCUCUGGAAAUUAACUGUGGCUGUUAUUUGCAUUUACGAAUCCUUCAACCCCCUUUUCCCAUUCAGCAAAUAUUAUUUUGUCCUCCUUUAGCUGUUUGCUCGACUCUUCUACCCAUCUUAUUUUCUUCCCCCAUUUUCUGAGAUUCUCAAGAAAGAAAAGUGACCCAUUAUCACUCCUGGUUUCAUCAUGCCCUAAGACAGGAUAGGAAUCUCUUUCCCACCUAUCAUAGCAGAACCAAAUCUCUAGCAUUGGUGGUAGGAGGAUGGGGAAAGGAAAAGGGAGCUGGCCCAGACAUGGGUAGGGAAUAUUUCAGUUAUUUAAUUCUGUAGCCAAAUGCUCCUCUUGGAAUCCAGAUCAUUGGGGCUGAGGCUUUUGCAAUUAGGCUUUUGAGGGUGAAGGAAAUUGGUAGAGGGGAGUAAAUAAUCUAGAGAGAAGAGUUCAGUGAGGG